CAGCAAAGCAUCCGAUCGAGAUGCAUUCGGAAUAUUCGGACAGAUCAAUAUUAUAAUUUGAUCACUACAUAUCACAGCCUAAAAAACUCAGAGUAAAAAAUGGCUGCCAUGAAAAAAUACUUCUGGGACUCGGAGGAGACUGAAUACAUGUUAAAAGUUUUAAGGGAGCUGGACAUAGCGAAGCACUUGGACGGUCGAAAGGUUCGAAACCUGAAGUUGUUCAAGGUAGCAGAGAAGAGAAUGAAACAGGCCGGGUAUCACAGAUCAAUUGACCAGAUACGGCACCGAUGGAAAGUUCUCAAGACAUCGUAUUAUAGCUGGAAUAACAACCAGCAAACAGUGAAACUUACCCGUUUCCCACAAUAUGCAACCACGAUGCAAUCAAUCAUGGAUGAAUCUGAAACAUGGAGCCGCUCGCAUGGCACUAACAGCGGCCCUGUUCGUAUUCGGAAUAAGCAUAAGUUUAUAGUGCAUGACGAAGAGACAGAAGAUUCCGAAGAAGAAGCAACUGCUGCUCAAUCGUUGCAUGAUCAUUCUACUGUGGAUGUCAUUAUCAAGACAGACCCAGAGACGCCUCCUGAGAUGGACUCUAACCUGAGAAUCGGCUUCAUCGGGGCAGGCAACAUGGCCUACGGGAUAGCCAAGGGAGUCCUGCAGUCUGGAGAUGUCCCUCCCACCAAUGUUAAAGUGAGCGCACCCUCCGCAAGGAACUUUGGUCGCUUUCAGGAGUUGGGGGUGGCUGUCACCCACUCCAAUGCGGAGCUGGUCAGCUGUGACUUGGUGUUCGUGGCGGUCAAACACCACCUCGUCACAACCAUUCUCAGUGAGAUUACAGACCACGUCACCCCGAAACACAUCAUCGUCUCCGGUGCAGCAGGUACCUUGGCAACGCUUCAGGGUUCUGGUUAUAACAGAGAGUCCUUGGCCCUGCAGGUGUAUCUGUUUGCAGAGGCGCUGGCUGAGGGAGCGGUGAAGAUGGGCAUGCCCAGUGCUCUGGCCCAUAGCAUCGCUGCUCAGACUGUAUUGGGGGCAGGCCAGUUGUUGAGGGACUCAGGGAAGCAUCCAGCCCAACUGCGUUCGGAGGUGUGUACACCAGGAGGCACCACUAUCUUCGGGCUUCAUGCCAUGGAGCAGGGGGGUGUGAGGGCCGCCACCAUGACCGCUGUGGAGACUGCAACUGAGAGGGCCAGGGAGCUGGGCAGGAAGUCGGRGCCUACGGCCACAGAAAAUAGGAAGUGAAGUCGUUUUGGCCCAUAGUAACUGAUUCAGGAAAUGUAGAAUUUUUGGUUGCUCUCUGCCCAACGCCCACAGAAACCACUUCAGUCUCCAACUUUGUUACGGUUGGAGCCUAAUCUAACUACAAAUCUGACUGGAGGAGUUAUUCAAGGACACAUAGUGAUUGUGAAGAAUACAGCAAGAUGUGUCAAAUCAGCGCUAAUCCAGUUAUCUUCAUAAUUUAUCAAUGUUCAUUUGAAAUAUUAAAGUGAAUUCAUUGGUAUUUUCAGUUUUUGUUAUUAAAAGAAUGUUGUACCUAUCUGGUCCAAACGGAUGGCUAUGAACAGGUGCUGUACAUUCACACUUUGUUAAUUCAGAUGGUCCUUAUAGAGCCUGCACAUAGUAUGAUAUUGGAAAUUACUUACAAUGUAUUUGAGUGGUACUGUACAUUAAUGUACUAAAAGUACAUUUCCAUUCUUCUAAAGUGUGGCCUAUCAAGUUACAGAUGUUACAUACAAUUCACCUUCCUUAGGUUUUCUGCAUUUGUUAUUUAUUUACUUUGAAAACUAUCCCAACAUUUUUUUAUUCCAGACAAAUAAACAAAAAAAUCAAUGUGA